CGGCCAGCCACCUUUCACGCCUGUUCCAAUCUUGUGUACCUAUGGACGUGUGUGUAGUUGUGGGACAAGGCUUUGAAUUGAGAGUCUUGUGCGAUCCUCCAUCGCCACAGCCAUUGCCAUUGUGGAUCCGUUUCACUGUGUGGUAGUCUCUCAUGUGACCGCGAAUAGUUUAGUUUGUGCAUUUUGUUUAGUGAGUUGUGGGAUCGGGGGCUUCGUUGCCGGUGUCAGACUACGUGGAUGGAAUUGCGGGGGAUCACUUGGGUAUAUGGCUUGGGGCUUGGAAGAGUGGAAGCUAGGGUUUGAAAAUCGAGCGUAGGGAGGAGGGGGGAAAGCGAUUUAAGUGUCUUUGUGGUGUGCAUGAUAGGAUUGAUAUCAAGCUUGAAGAGUAUAGGAAAGAGGGAGGUAGAACUGGCGAUGGAAGGUUGUUGCCACGGGUUUUGAAACGAGGAAGCUAGUUGUCAAUGUGCACAGGUGUUGUGUGUUGUGAGGUUCUGCGAGGAAAAGGAGUCUGAUUGUGCGGUGAAAAUAGUUAUGAUGAACAGGGAUGCGGAGAAGACGACUAAUUUCAAUGAUCAGCUCACGAGAGCUCUUUCUACAGUCUGGAAGGUGGAAGGUGCUUGACAAAUGAGUUAUUGAGACAUUAGAGGUUUCCCGUAAAAGAGAUUGAUACAUCGACAUUUGUUCUUAUUAUACUCUGCUUCCACCUGAAGUUCAAGAACACUAUCUGUAGUCAUUCUACAACAUGGCGCCAGCGGACGUAGAAAGCUUAAGGACCGAAAAUGCUCGACUUGCCUCGGAAAUGGCAUCGAUGAAGAAGAAGAUGAUGCAAGCAAUCAAGAAACAGAGUACAGAGGUAAAGUUGGCGCAGCAAAGGGCUGAAGCAGCUGAGGCUGCACUUGCGGCUGUGUCUAAUGGAAGUGUAGAUGCGGCUAGCUUGCAUUCUGGCAAUGAAAGUGCAUCUUCUGAAGUUGGAUCACAGGUGUCUCUGGACUCGAGCAUAGUACGAGCCACUUCUGGAGUUUCCGAAGAAGGUACUGGAGAUAGAAAUGAUGCUGACGUAGAGACCUUGGCUGAGGGGGUUUACUUGAAGGAGCGUGAAGUUCUUGCUUUAGAAGCUCGUCGAAGUGCCGAAGAGAAGGAGAAACUCGAAGCGGUGUUCAGGGAAUUGAAGUUGUCCUCGGAUCAAAUUAUGGAGCAGUUGAUGGAAAGGAACAGGUCACUUGAGUCUCAACUGGAGGAAAUCUCGCGUAUCAGGGUUGAGCAGGUUCGAUCUUCAGAUGUCUCCCCACAGCAUCAUGAGGGUGUAGGUGCAAGUGGCGUAUCCGAUUCCGAAGAAUCGAGGACGUCUGAAAAUGUAAACGCCGCGACAAUCUCUCUUCUCGGGAAGCAACUCAUGGAAGCAAAUGAGAAAGUGGAGAAGCUAGAAGGUGAGCUGAACGAGCAAGUGCGAAGUUUGCAGGCUUCUGAAGCUGCUGAUCUUGAUGUCAAAAAUGCUCAUCCUCCAGCUGAUAAGACCCUUUCCGAGCUCAAUGCAAAACUGCUACAAGUGAAUAAGCAGCUAGAGGAGGAGGUUACUAAGUACAACGAACUUGAUGCCAAAUUCGGCCGUUUACUUAAACGCUCAAAGCAGCGAAUUCUAGAGGUUCAAAAAGAAAAGGACGACGUUGAAGUACAGUUCAAAGCAUUAGAGGAGAAGGCUUCAGAAGCAACAGCCCGGCUGGCAGCACUGCAAGCAGAUCUUAAUGCCACACGCAAUCAGGCGGGUGAUUCUAUUCGAAAUCUGGAUUCGGAACGUCAACAAUCAAACACAGCUCUUCGCAGAGCAAGACAGGACAUAGAGGAGAUGCGGCAGGUCUUGGGAGCUAGGGAGCUCGAGCUUAAUGAAUUAUCAAGUCAAGUAUUUGAAAAGGACCAGCAAAUAACGGGGCUUAACGAAAGGCUGAUAGAGGCAGAGGCUAAACAAGAGGUUGCCAUUUUAGGAUUGAAGGACACACACCAGAAGGCUGUUAACAAUUAUGCACAGCAGUUGGCAGAGGCAACCAAGGAUCGUAUUAAAGGGGAUGAAGCUCUUUCCUCUUUACAGGCUCAGCUAGCUGAAAAUGAGUCCAAGUUGGCAGGAAUUGAAGCAGCCAGUAGUGGUGAGGUGGUGCGACUGAGUGCCUUGUUAGAUGCAGCUCGAGGAGACAUACAGCGGAUCCAAUCUGAGCACGAGAAAGAGCGUGAAACAGAGCGGGAGCAACACAAGUCAAGUAUUUUAUUAUUGAUGGACAAGUUAAAAACAGCUGAGUUGUGGAUUGAUCAAGUGGAGAUAAGGGCUCGAGACACGCGAAGUGAGCUCGAGUCUGAACUUGACCGCUGCCGUCAGAUUCUGAGUGCUACUCAAGUCGAGCUUGCUACGGCCAGAGUUGAGACUAAAUUGCAAGGACAAGAACUAGCUGCUUACAAGGUGAGGGCCCAUGCCCUACUGCAGAAAAAAGAGGCAGCACUGCAGGCUGCCCAGGAUUCUUCAUCAAUAGUAACACUGGAAUCAGCUCUCGAGGAGGCGAAGGCAGAGGCUACAGCAGCUUCCGCAGCCAGAGACCAAGUAAUGAGAAAGCUAGAUGCAACUGUAGCUGAUUAUCAGCGUCGGUUUGACGCACAGGUUGGUGCUAUUGAAGAGGCAGAGCUUCACAUGAGACAUUUGGCGACUCAACUUGAAUCGAGCAAAGCUUUGGUGAAGUCCCAGCAGGCUGAAUAUGAACGGCGCUUGAAUCUAGCAGAAGAGUCUUUAUCCUUGAAAUCAGAGGUGCCUGCUACAACACCCACGCCUGUUAAUGAAGAUCUAGAGAGAGAAAUCACUGCCAUACGGCUUGCAGAGAAACAUCUGAAGGAGGAGUUCGAGUCCUACAAGGAAAUGACAAAUUCUAUGAUGUCAAGUAAGGAUGAAGAAAUGAUGCGUCUUUUGGAGGACAGGAACUCUUUGCAAAAGCAUCUCUCUCAAAAGGCAUCAAGUGUAGUUACAAUCAAGUCAGUAACCAGUUCACCGCCACCACCUCUUGCAGAGCAGCAGAUUUUGAUAUUGGCCCGGCUACAAGCACAGAAAGAAGAGGAAGUAGCUAGGUGCUUGCGCCAUAUUGAAGCACUCCAGGAGGAAAUCAAGGAACGGGAACAGGAAAAUCGUCUCCGUUGUCACCAGAUUACAAUUCUUAAAGAAGAAUAUCACAAUUCUGAACGAAAUCAGAAGCGGUCAACUGUAGAUAUGACUUAUGUAAAGAAUGUGAUUUUAAAGUUGUUGGAAACUGGAGAGGUGGAGGCUCUACUGCCUGUGAUUGCAAUGCUUCUUCAGUUCAGUCCAGAUGAGAUGCACCGAUGUCAAGAGGCUUACAACAUGCGGGCCUCAGCUGAAGUUCCAUUAAGUGGAGCAGCCGCAGUUGUAGAUGCGGCCACAGCAGCACCCCGGUCAUUGCUUUCCAGAUUUACGUUAAGCUGAUGAGAGAAAUGAACAGCAGAAUGUGCUUGUGGAGCGAGUUCGCUGAAAGAACGCUGUACUCACCGCCCUGCCGCUGAUAACCAUGCCCACCCGUAGUUAUGGACCUGAGAUAUGGAAUGGUUGGAGAUGGCCAAGAACCGAGGCCAUUGAAUGGAGCAUGGGCGCAUCAUCCAUGCAAGAUCCAGCCGGCUCCACGUCCACAACUAUUCUUGGCACAUCCUCGCCUGGCAGUAGAUUCAUAAAUAAGUCUCUGCAACACUCAAUUAAUUGCCCCCCGUAGAACCGUUACAUCUCUCUUGCAGUUUAAUCAUUCCCUGCAUAAGCAUCUGCUCAAAGAAGUAUAAUCUCCUCUCCUACCAUGUUCCAUGUUCUUCUCAAUUCUGAACACUAUAUUUUCCGAAUGGAGAUGAUCUUGUUUCAAGCGUAGACAUAGUCAAUCACAAUGUUUACAGUGAGAGAAUGUUUUUGCAGAUUUGCAAGGGGAGCCUCAUCCACCUAACAAGAUAGACUUUCA